AUGUCGUACAAUCGAAUAGGCAAGUCGUCGUCGCUCCCGCGUCGCCACCCCAUCCGCCAGCUCGUUGCCUGCCGUUUGCGUGGCCAUCGGCACGCUUGUCCUGCUCCCCCCAUCCCUCCCAACGCCGUCCCUCCUGUUCAUGCCGCUGCGUCCUCCUCGGAGUGCCCGUCUGCUCCCCUCGCUGCCCUCUCUCCCCUCUCUCCCCUCGCUGCCCUCGCUACCCUCGCUGCCCUCGCUCCCCUUGCUCUCGAUGCUUUCUCACGCCUCCGCCGGCCUGCCUCGCUCCUCGCUCGCCGCUAA